AUGAAGGUCCUGCGCAGUUUGUUGUACGCGGCGUUGCUAGCCGGUGGGGUGUUGGGCAAGGAAUUGACCGAGCCGGGGCAGAUCGAACAGGAAAUUGAAUUGAAAGAACUCCAGCGCAUCCUCUGGAACUUUAACAAGAUCGCCCGCGACAAUGGCGGGAACCGGGCCUACGGCCUGCCCGGGUACAACGCCUCCAUGGACUUUGUCCUGGAGCGCGUGCAGAAGCGUUUUGGCAAGCACAUGAAUACGUACGUUCAGGGCUUCACGCAUCUCUUCGAGACGACCCGCAACAUUACACUCAAGGGCCCGGACGGCAAGGAGGCCGUCGUCGUCGGCCUCAUGUACAACACGGCCACGCCACUACCGGGGGGCGUCAGCGCGCCGCUCGUCAACACCCCCGUCGACGACACCCGCGGCUCUGCCUGCUUCGAGGACCAGUGGAAGGGUCUCGACGUCGCGGGCAAGAUCGCCCUCAUCAAGCGCGGCGUCUGCCCCGUAGCCGACAAGCUCAAGCUCGCCAAGGCGGGCGGCGCGCUGGCCGCCGUCCUGUAUAACCAGGCCUCGGGUGAGAUCCCUGGCGCGACGCUGAGCGCCGAGAACAUCGGCAAGCUCGUGCCCGUCGGUGUCACGACCUUGGAGAAUGGCGAGGCGUGGAGCAAGCGCGUCGCCGCCGGUGAGAGGCUCACGGUCACGCUCGUUGUCGACGCCGUCACGGAGACGAGGCCCAGCUGGAACAUCAUCUCGGAGACCAAGGAGGGCGACCCGAGCAACGUCGUCAUGCUGGGUGCCCACCUGGACGGCGUGCAGGCCGGGCCCGGCAUCAACGACGACGGCAGCGGCUCGGCCGCGCUGCUCGUUAUCAUGGAGGAGUUUACGAAGUACAAGGGCUUCAAGAACAAGAUCCGCUUUGCCUGGUGGGGGGCCGAGGAGAGCGGCUUGGUCGGCUCUCUCUACUAUGCGUCUCAGCUCCCGGAGGAAGAGGCAGACAGGAUCAAGUUCUACUUCAACUACGACAUGAUUGCCAGCAACAUUCCCCAGUACGCCGUCUACGCCGACAACGACGCCCACAUGUACGGCGCCACGCCCCUGUACGACUACCUCAAGGCCGAUGAAAGGCCGGCCGCGUACAGCAAGUUUGGCUCUUCGUCCGACUACGUCGGCUUCCUGAAGCUCGGGAUCCCCAGCAGCGGCAUCUUCACCGGCGCCGGCAUGCCGUGGGAUCACUGCUAUCACAAGGCCUGCGAUGACUUGCAGAACAUCAACUGGGACACCCUCAUGGUCAACACCAAGGCCGCCGCGCACGUGGCCGCCAAGUUCGCCAUCAGCCUCCAGGGCGUCCCGUCCAGGAACAAGACGUCUGCGAACCCCAAGUCCCGACGCGAGGUGCGGAGGAGCUUCGAUGAGUGGUCGACCACGGCUAGGAUCAUUGAGAAGACGCACAAUUGCGGCACCGGAAGCAGUGUGGUGUAAAGCGUGCGCGCGGAUGCAGAAGGGUGCGACCAGAUGUUGAGGGAGCACCAGACAUCAUCUCUUGCCGCACAUGGGGAUACGAAGACAUGACAGUCCACGGCGUAUGUAGACAGUAACAAAAGUCAGUUCUCAAGGGGAGGGGGUGUCACGGUGGGAGAUGUGCGUCAGAUAGGUCAG